CCAUUGAAACCGCCAAAUGUCGAUGUUUACAUCAUAAUCGGCUCGUCGGAAAAACAUGUCUUUAAUGAUCGAAAAGAAGGAGUGGCAUUGAACGGCACGAUGAUCUCCGGCUAAACCAAAUGGCCCGUUCGAGACCUCCGGACCUCUGUUAGCUUAAACCCUUAGUGGCAAUACGCGCCUACCCGCCCUUUUUUUCACCACAUACCACAGUAUCAUUAUCUGCAUCGGUUACCCCCUAGACACGAACAAUCUCUGUUUCUAGGAUGCUGCAUGCCUCGGAAAUCUUCCUCAAGCCUUAGCUCGCCGAUCGGAAGCAACGUCCACCCAACUACUAACUCGCGAAGCAUCGCAUGUCGUCCGCUUAGAAUAGAAAUCUAGCCACCAAAGUGUGGUUAGACAUGGUGUCCGAGUCGGCACGAGGGAGGGAGGUACUCCGCUAUUAUCAGGCAUGGCUGGAUUCUGCCGUCGGAUAUAAUCAGUCGACACAGUCUCCAGGCACGGAACAAUACCAUGCUGAUGGCUCCAGACUACGCGGUUCGAAUGACAAAGCCUUGAUUGCAUUUGCGCAGCUUGCCUGUCUAAGGCUCGGCGCGAAGAGGGCCAUUGUCACUCUCGUUUCCGAGAGUCGUGAGUACAUCAUCGCUGAGGCAACGAAAACUCUAUCGUUCGUGUCAGAACGAGGCGGUCAUGACGAGGGCGACGAUCUCUGGUUCGGGAACGCGUCAAUGCCACGCUCAGAGGGCAUGUCUCAAGAUGCCCUCACACCAGACCACUACACUUCCGCUGAUUCCGACGGGCAAAGCUUAACGACGCCCGCUUUAGCAGUCAACGACAUUCGACUAGACGACCGAUAUCGCCAUCUGGGAUUUGCGGGCGCAGGGGUCACCUUUUUCUGUGGUGUUCCCAUCAUCUCCAAAGCCGGCGUUCCCAUUGGUGUUUUCAACGUCACUGAUGACAAGCCGAGGAAUGGUUUGACCAGAUCUGAACUGGAAUUCUUGCGCGAAAUGUCGAAAAUCGUUAUGACGCAUCUGGAGUACAGUCGAAACGACGUUGCACGAUCUCGUGGGGAAACGAUGGUCAAUGGUCUUGGUCGCUUCUUGACAGGAAAAUCAAGUCUAUCCGACAAGGGUGAUCCUCAAGCCCAACAACAAGAACGCGCUGAGUACCCUGAUCAGAAGUCAGAUUCUGUACCGGCUAAACGCAACUUUCUCGGGAUGACUAUCACCGAUGCCGACCCAAGAAUACUGCGAGAUGAGAUGGCAAACGAAUCGCGACCAGAGGUAUUGUCCUCCGGGAGACCGAUCGUGAGCGCAAACAAGGCACCCAUCUCUGUGACGGGUCAACACCACUCCCCCAACCUCGGGGAUGGCAAAGGAUUCAGUCCAGGGAAAAGCUCCAAGAAUACCGGCCACAGUGUCCGACCAACAGGCCCGGGCAAUGCAACUGAUGCAGCCGGGGAGAUACAGAAGAUAUUCACUCGUGCUGCAAAAAUCCUCCGGGAGUGCACCUCAGCAGAUGGGGUGGUUUUCUACGAUGCUGUCUCAUCAAAUUAUGCAAAACGUCCCGAUAUCGCAGAUCAUCAAAAACAAUACGCUGAUACUGAAAGGGAGCGCGACGUCACCAAUGAUGAAAGUUCAUCGGACUCACAAGACAGCCUAUCGAGCAGGAGUUCUUCGACAGAUUCCGCCGGAUCGGACAACGAUCAGCGACCACACAUGCUCAGUUCCAAGGGCACCAAGUGUGAAAUCCUCGGAUACUCCCUUGACGUCUCGAUCGACUCCACGUCAAAUGCAAGGUCCAUCGAAAGCUUGCGCUUGACCGAGUCCGGCCUAAGACGUUUCAUUCGCAGAUAUCCAAACGGUAAAAUUUUUUAUUUCACUCCUGAUGGGAAUAUCUCGGCUAGUGAGGAUGACUCGGCAUCUUACCUCGGAGGAGGACUCUCUACCCAUCGGGAUAGGACGGCCAGGCGCAAUGCAAAACUGCGAUCGACACGAGCAAUUGCAGAUGAGCUUAUUAGGAUUGUUCCGGGCGCUCGCAAUGUGCUUUGGCUUCCUCUCUGGGACUUCUCGAAGCAACGUUGGAGUGCCGGGACUUUCUUGUGGUCUCGAAGGCCAGAUAGGCUUAUAGCGGCACAGGAUGAUCUGGCGUAUUUGACAACGUUUGGGAGCAGCCUCAUGAACGAGAUCUCCCGAGCCAAUGCGGUUUUCGCGGACGAUACCAAGGCCACCUUCCUUGCAAACAUCUCGCAUGAGUUACGGUCUCCUCUCCAUGGGAUCCUAGGCAGCGUGGAAUUUCUUCAAGACACGGCGCUGAAUAGUUUCCAGUCAUCAAUGGUCACCGCCGUUGAGACGUGUGGAAAAACUUUACUUGACACCGUGGAGCACGUCUUGGCUUAUGCAAAGAUCAAUCAGAUCUCGAAGAAGUACUCCAAAGAACCAGCGUCGAAAAAGUCACACAACAAGAGCGAUGACCCUGGGGUUGGCACCACAGCAAAUGACACUUUGGAAGAGGAGUUUGAUCUUAGUGUCAUGAUCGAAGAGACGAUUGAGAGUGUUUUGGCUGGCCAGACAUUCCGGCCGUCUGUCUCCCUGCCGGGCCAGAUUCGGCCGAUACACUCCAAACAGGGCCGAGGGGUUAAGUUGAUAGAGGAAAUUCGCACUGGUGUUGGACGCGGCGCUGAUGAGUUUUCGUCCAAAGUACGGCUCAGUCUCGAUAUCCAACGUCAAGAUAACUGGUGGGUACGCACACAACCCGGCGCGAUCCGCAGAAUCCUUAUGAACAUCCUGGGGAAUGCUCUGAAGUACACCGAGGAGGGGUCUAUCGAUAUUAGCUUCACAGCCGUUGAGCGUGCGGGUGCCCGUCAUGGUCGAAAGACCGUCUGUCUCUCCGUUGUGGACACGGGCAAGGGCAUGUCGGUGGAUUUCCUGCAUAACCAUGCUUUUACACCUUUCAGUCAAGAAUCUCGUUUUUCAGCCGGAACUGGACUUGGUCUCAGCAUCGUUCGGCAUCUGGUCAAUUCUCUUGGUGGCAAGAUUGAGGUCCAAAGCGAGAAAGAUCGAGGAACAGAAAUCAAAAUUUGGCUAACGUUGCCAAUGGUCAACCCCCCGUCACCACUGAGUGGAGGCCAAGUCUUACGGGAGUCCGUCAUGCAACAGACCCCUGGCAUGUCCAUCUGCAUAUUGAAGCCCAGGCGCCCGUCUGGGAAAGAUUCAGGAGAAGAAAACAAGGGCGCCGGCGCUAAAUCUAUUGUCGAAAAAUCCGUUCGACACACGCUAAAAACAUGGUUCGGCAUGCAUACGAUUGAAGCCGAAUCGAUGACGGGAAUAACAACGGACUUCUUCAUGUAUGUCGAGCCACCUCCAAUACAGUAUUUCUUGGAGCAUCACGGUCGGAAUGGCUCGGCUGAGCGAGAGAUCCCUCUGAUCAUCACGGCUACCAACACUUUCGAAAGCGCUUCCUUUUCAAGCAAUGAAAUUCAUCGGCUGACCGACCUUGGCCGGAUCCUGGAGGUCAUCUUACAGCCUUGUGGUCCCCAAAAGCUCGCAAAAGCUCUCCAUAGAUGUCUUGCGAGACUGGAUACAUUGAAACGUGAUCCCGCCGCGCAAAAGUCCGACGGUCCGGUCAGCGAAGCGAUUCCCGAGAAUCGAAAUACCUCAACGUCCGAGCUAGAAGCCCGUCCGAGCAGCGAGAGUGCUCCAGGACUCAAGGUUUCAGCGGAAGCGUCUGAUGAUGUGGACUCGGUCGCACGAUCGGCCAGCGAUGCUUCGCAGACAGAAGUCAACGCUAGCUCAUCUCUGAGUCUUUUGGGCAAAGAAAGCGCUGUCGAAACAGACAAGACCGAUACCCCGUCAGAACCACCUAACACGAACGAGGACGGUAGUGCCGUCAGAACUCCCACCCCAGUAUCACCAUCCCAACCAGGGCCGAACUCUGUGCUCCUUGUUGACGACAACGAAAUCAAUCUGAAUUUGCUUGUUGCAUUCAUGAAGCGAGCUAAACGCCCCUGUGUCGCUGUCAGGGACGGAUUGGAGGCACUGGAAGCAUUCAAGCAUGCCUGCAGCGAUGGUGGAGACGGGUUCAGACAUGUGCUUAUGGAUAUUACGAUGCCAAUCAUGGACGGCAUCACCGCGACACGCGAGAUCCGCAGUUUUGAGCGAGGGAACAAGACUGCGCAGCCGGCUACAAUACUCGCGCUGACAGGUCAGGUGGCGGAAGCGACUCGACGGGAAAUGUUUGAGGCUGGAGGAGAUUAUUUCCUGCCAAAGCCGGUCAAGUUCAAAGAGUUGAUCAAACUUCUCGACUCUUGAAUACGAAGGACGAAUGCGAAGCAACUGAAGGCAAACAUUGUUAAAGUGUCCAUACUAGUCUGGCGGCCAUACAGUACAUAAUAUCAAAGACAUGGCGAUACCGGUCUAACUUCGG